UCGGCUUUUGGAGCUUCUCACGGCCUUUUGCCCUCAUGGCCUUUGCACCCAUGGGACCCGAAGCCUCGUUUUUUGAGGUUUUGGACCGACACAGGGCUUCCCUGCUGGCUGCCCUGACGAGAGGUGGCAAGGAGUCCCUGGGCGGGGUCGCCCGCCUGGCCUCUAGUUCUGAGGUUCUUGCAUCUGUAGAAAAUAUUAUCCAAGACAUAAUCGCAAGCCUGGCAAGAAAUGAAGCACCUGCAUUUGUAAUAGACAACAGAUCAAGCUGGGAAAAUAUAAAGUUCGAAGAUUCUGUGGGUCUUCAGAUGGUAUCUCAUUGUACCACAAGAAAAAUCAAAAGCGAUUCACCAAAGUCCAUUCAAAAAUUUGCUCUCAUUCUUAAAAUAUUGUCCAUGAUUUAUAAAUUAGUACAGAGCAACACUUAUGCAACCAAAAGAGACAUAUAUUACACUGACAGCCAACUCUUUGGUAACCAGACUGUUGUGGACAAUAUUAUCAAUGACAUUUCUUGUAUGUUAAAAGUACCAAGGAGGAGUCUACAUAUAUUAUCAACAUCAAAAGGUUUAAUUGCUGGCAAUUUAAGAUAUAUGGAGGAAGACGGCACCAAAGUAAAUUGUACCUGUGGUGUGACAGCUGUUGCUGUGCCAUCUAAUAUUCAAGGAAUUCGGAAUUUAAUUACAGAUGCAAAAUUUCUAUUAAUUGUAGAAAAAGAUGCAACAUUUCAGCGGCUCCUAGAUGACAACUUUUGCACCAAAAUGUCUCCAUGCAUCAUGGUUACGGGAAAGGGAGUUCCUGAUCUGAACACAAGACUUUUAGUCAAGAAGUUGUGGGAUACAUUUCACAUUCCUGUUUUCACUCUUGUGGAUGCUGAUCCACAUGGCAUAGAAAUAAUGUGCAUCUAUAAGUAUGGAUCUAUGUCUAUGUCUUUUGAAGCCCAUAAUCUCACGGUUCCAGCUAUUAGAUGGCUUGGUCUCCUCCCUUCUGAUAUUAAAAGGUUAAAUAUACCUAAAGAUAGUUUGAUUCCACUGACAAGACGGGACCAAAUGAAACUUGACAGUAUCUUAAAGAGACCUUACGUUACCUGCCAACCAUUUUGGAGAAAAGAAAUGGAAAUAAUGACAGACUCUAAAAUGAAGGCAGAAAUUCAAGCUUUGACCUUUCUAUCAUCAGAUUAUCUUUCCAGAGUGUACUUACCUAACAAAUUAAAAUUUGGAGGAUGGAUAUAAAAAUAUGUUAGAAGAACUUGUGAUUGCCAGAGACUUCAUUAGUUUUGUUUUAAUUGGUAAAUACUGUUGUGGAAAGAACAUAUAUUCUUAAAUCUGUAAAGGUAAAACAAUUUUUCAUUAAUUAUAAUUUUUGUCAAAAUAAAUGCUAUACUCUAAUUUUUAGAAGGCUUUAUUUUAUCCUUUGUAGAGACUGAUUUCUAUCCUAUGUUCUAAAAUAAAUUGUAAAAGAAUGUAUGUUGACUUUUACAUUUUAUUUGAAAAAAUAUCUUAUACAUGUCAUCAAAGUCUACAAAAAAUUUUAUUUACCUUCUACACUAUAACUAAUAUUAAGGCAUGAAGUAUCUCAUUAGCAACAAAAAUAAUAAUAAUCUAAAUUUGAGAUGUUGCAAGUGAAUUAUAGUGUCCUGUAGUUUCUUCCACAUUUUCCUUUGCCUUCAUAGUGUAGGGGCCAUAGUGUAAGGGUCUUGCCCCAUUAAUUCACUUGUGAAUUUAGUAAAAUUUAUUAUGAAUAAAUAUUUGG